CAGAAUAUGAAUGAUGUCUAUCUGGAGGGAGACAUCACAGUUCCUGGGGCUCCAACUGAGGAAGACGACCAAGAGUUUAACACUUUAGAUGAACCUGUACGGGAAACUAUUAUGCGGGAUGCCAGAGCAGUUGGCAAGAAGUUCUUCCAUGUUAUGUACCCAAAGGAAAGCAAAGCACUUCUCAGAGAAUGGGAUCUGUGGGGUCCUUUGAUCCUGUGUGUGUUCUUGGCAAUGAUGCUACAAGGGUCGACAGAGACGGCCGAUAGUCUGAGUACGGGUGGUCCACAAUUUGCAGAGGUGUUUGUCAUAUACUGGGUUGGCUCUCUAAUAGUCACACUAAAUACGAAACUCUUAGGAGGCUCAAUCUCAUUUUUCCAAAGUGUGUGUGUGUUAGGCUACUGUGUAUUCCCACUUAGCGUAUCUCUAGUCAUCUGCCGUAUUAUCUUGAUUGCAACACAAACUACGGCACUAUUCAUUGUCAGGUUCAUUGUAGUCAUGCUUGGAUUUGGCUGGUCUACAUUUGCAUCGACAGCCUUUUUAGCAGACUCGCAACCACCACAUAGAAAAGCCCUGGCGUUAUAUCCAAUAUUUCUCUUCUAUUUCGUCAUAAGCUGGUUGAUCAUCUCAAAUACACAUUCUAGUUAGCUAUGGACAAUACUAUUAGGAUAGGAGUGACGCAAGGCAUGAGGCAGACAGCACCUACAAAUAGUGCAAUUAAUGACUAAGUGGUUCAACGCAGGUUAUAGUUUAUGCUCCUGUGUAUAAUUUGGCUUUAAAUGUGUGCAUAUAGGGUGGGAUAUUGUUAUUCAACUUCAUUGGUAUUCAAUCAUAAUUCAAUUCAUU